GUGUUAAGUACAGAAUUUUCAAACUUUUGCUUAUGAAUGAAAAAUUUUGCAUGUAUAAUAACAAUUAAAAUAAAAUAAAAAAGUAAACAAAAGGUAAAAGUUUUAAUCGAAGAAAAACUACAUUCAAUGACGUACUUCCUGCUGAACGCAAGUCGCCGUUUUCUAUUGGCUGAGGAGAGAUCACGUGUUUUCGGCGCCGCUUCUCCACCAAUAAGCGUGCAGCCGGGACACUUCCGGUUUGAGCGCCGUCGGCUAACAGAUGACUUCUCAGGCUGAACGCUCGGCUCCCAUGAGGGUUCUGGUGACGGGGGGGUCCGGCCUGGUGGGGAGGGCCAUCCAGCACGUGAUCAAAGAAGAAGGAGCGACCCGGGAAGGAGAGGAGUGGAUCUUUCUGUCCUCCAAAGAUGCAAAUCUCAUGAACCAGGAGGAGACGCGGGCGGUGUUCGAGAAGCACCGCCCCACCCACGUCAUCCACCUGGCUGCGAUGGUGGGGGGGCUUUUCAAGAACAUGAAGUACAACCUGGACUUCUGGAGGAACAACGUUUACAUCAACGACAACGUGCUGCAGGCGGCGCACGAGGCCGGCGCCGUCAAGGUGGUCUCCUGUCUGUCCACCUGCAUCUUCCCCGAUAAAACCACGUACCCCAUCGACGAAACCAUGAUCCACGACGGCCCGCCUCAUCACUCCAACUUCGGCUACGCCUACGCCAAACGCAUGAUCGACGUUCAGAACCGGGGCUACUUCCAGCAGCACYGGCGGUCCUACACGGCCGUGAUCCCCACCAACGUGUUCGGUCCUCACGACAACUUCAGCAUCGAGGACGGCCACGUGCUGCCAGGCCUCAUCCACAGAGCCUACCUCGCUCAGAAGGCGGGGCAGCCUCUGGUGGUGUGGGGGUCCGGCUCUCCCAGGAGGCAGUUCAUCUACUCUCUGGACUUGGCUCGCCUCUUCCUCUGGGUCCUGAGGGAGUAUCCCGAGGUGGAGCCGGUCAUUCUCUCCGUGGGGGAGGAAGACGAGGUGUCCAUAAAGGAAGCAGCUGAAGCCGUGGUCGAGUCGUUGGCUUUUAAAGGAGAAGUGCUCUACGACACCAGCAAAGCAGACGGUCAGUUCAAGAAGACGGCCAGUAACGCCAAGCUGCGCCGCUACCUGCCCGACUUUCAAUUCACGCCCUUCAGCCAAGCUUUAAAAGAAACCUGCGAUUGGUUUGUGGCAAACUACGACACGGCCCGGAAAUAACCCCCGACUGAGCCAGGUGGUCUGCUGCUGUUAGAGGUCAGGACGGGUGCAGAUCCAGAUCCAGGACCAAACUGUGACAUGUUGGACUUCUAUUUGUUGUUGGAACAAAUGAAAUCUGUAGUUUUUUUCUACCUGUGCGUUUUUCUUUAGUUUUCUCUUUAAUUUAUUCAAAAAAUGGCUUUAAAAAAUGCAGGUGGAGGCAGAAAACCCACUUUGUUAUAAAGUCACUUUUUUCAACAGUUUCUAAAGAUUUAAAGGGUUUAAGGUUAACUGGUGAAACAUUGGGACUGAAUUUAAAUAAAAGGAGGUUGUGUUUCCA